AUGGAAGAUGAGCUGCAAGCGCAGCUCACGGCUGCUUUGGAAGCUGAAGGCUUCCCUGCAGCUUCGCGCGGCCGCUCGGGCUCCCUAAGGCGCCUGAAAGGUGAUGGGCCAGAUUUCGCCUCCAACGCGGCCGUGGCUGCAUGGAAGCAGGCGCAAGGACGGGGCGCUGAAAUGAUUCACCAGGAGCCCUUCGAUCUGGCUUUGGCAAUCCUCCGGCGUUUGGAGGACGCCGAGUCACUAGCCCACAUCAUGGUGGAGCAGGGUGGUGGGCUGAGGUUCUUCACCCGCGAGCAUAUCCGAGCGCAAGCGGCCAAGGGCAAAGUUCUCUGCAAGGGCUGCGGCUUCUUCUUCGGGGAGGGCAACCCGAUGCGCACCCACGUGCAGAACGCCACGGAUACUCGCUGCUUCAGCGUGGAGGCAGCAGAGUACUAUCUCCGCCCCUGCCAAGAUGACAUCGCGGCCGAAGCGCAUGAUGGGAGCCCCGCUGGUGUGGCCCAGGCACCCGCUCCCGAUCCGUGCCUCGAGGCAGCACAGAGGGGUGACCUCGUCGCGCUUCGAGCACUCGUCGUGGCAGGAAGCGAUGCCACGAAGGCCACCGAUCACCGUGGGAAUGGUGUGCUUCACUGGGCUGCGGGUGGUGGUCAUGUAGAUGUGUGCGAGUACCUGCUGCAUGAGCUCAAGAUGGACGCCCGGGCGCGCACCUCAAAGCAUCACGGGCGCACAGCGCUCCACUGGGCGGCACGGAACGGUCAUGCGGCAGUGUGUGCAUUGCUGCUGGACGCAGCCGGCGAUGAUUUCGUGGAUGCUGCAACGGACGGUGGUGACACUCCCCUCAUGCUUGCUGCCUGGCAGGGCCACAUCACAUGCUGCUCGAUCCUUGUGAGUCGACGGGCGGAUGUGCACCACACGAACAGCUGGGGUUGCAACGCCAUGCACAAGGCUUCGAGGAUGGACGGGGCGAGCUCCUCCUUGGAGAUGUUGGAGUACCUGACACACAGCAGAGUGGACGCGGGCCUCGUCAACUGCAACGGCCACAACUCCCUGCACAAGGCCGGUGCAGCCGAGGACCGCAAUGCGCCGUCUGCACUGGCCUUCGCCGCAGGCUUUCGGGCACUGGCCGCUGAGCUCCGGCAUAUGGAGGACCUGUUGUGGCUGACUCCCGCGCUGUACGUCCCCUUGAAAGAGGCCGAAGACUAUCGGACCACCGACGAAUCCGUUACGGACAGCUCCUCCGCCACUGAUGCUGAGCGCAAGAGCUGA